UGCCCCCUUCUCCCUCCCAGAUCCAAUCCAAGUCAGAACCACUCGCCCUCCCGCCCCGACCUCCGUCUCCAUUCUUGCGUGCGUCGGCCACCUCCCUCCGGCGGGGCUCGAGCCACACCCCCCAAGCGCCGCUGCUCCACCCUCUCCCAUGCCCAUCCACUGCACGCAUCGUCGGACUCACCAUCCUCCGCUGCACCGUGGAGAUGGGUGCGUCUGUGUCCACCCUCUCAGUGGAGGCAUAGGGGCGCCGUGGCGGUGAUGGGGAACAAGAUCGCGUUGCCAAAUCCAUCCACCGAAUCCUUGAAACCCUAGCAGCGAAAUUGACUCGAUCGAAAAAGUUCUUCGUCUUCCUUGAUUUGGUGCUGAUUUGUGGUUUGUUGGCGUGCGCGCAAGAGGAUGUGAUGGUGGAUAGGAUACCCAAGGAGUGGGAGGCCAGGCUAAGGUAGCUCGAGUUCGUGUAGCAGGCGGCCGCGCAGGCUGUCUUGCUGGUCACCGUGGCAUACGCGUAUGCCAAGCAGGGCACCGGCCCACUCCGCCCCGGCGUCGACUAUGUCGAGGGGACCGUCAAGGCCAUUGUCGGCCCCGUCUAUGACCGCUACCACGCCAUGCCGCUCAAUCUCCUCAAGUUCCUCGACCACAACGUGUGAUCUGAAUUCUGAAUGGGUCUUUUGGCGGUACAUGAAGGUCGGGAGCGCCAAGGUGCACCUCACGCGCGGUGCUGCUGGCAAGAAGGACAUGGGUGAGGCCUUCUUCGUCUUCAUGGGGAGUUCCGCAAGGAGUUCAAGCAGAAGAACCCCAAGAACAAGUCUGCCACUGCUGCAAAGCAGCCGGUGGGAGGUGGAAGAGCUUGAGCGAGUCGAUCAUGGUGUACCAGCUUUGCAAGGGCGUUGCUUUUUGCCACGGACACGGUGUCCGGCACCAUGACCUUGAGCCACACAACCUACAAAUUGGUGGAUGGGUUGGUAUCAUCUGGUUUGAUCCCAGCAAGAGGAAGUGUUCUCUUCUCUUUAUCAACCAAAGGCAGUUUCUUCUCUCAUGGAUGGAUGGGACUCCAUCAAUUUAGUAUCAGUUUAGGUGUUAGUAUGUUGUUGAUGCUUCUGUUGAUGCCAUGCUUUUUGACUUGUAAUGUGCUGAUAUUAACUGGCAGCAUUAGCUCCCAUGAUUGCUUGCUUGCUUGCUUACUCUAUAACCUGUACUGAUAAAACAUGUUAUCCUACUCCAUGAUGCUAUAUCAUUUGCAAAUACUCCUGGACAUCAGCUCCCAUGAUGUCGCAUUAGCUAUAAUUUGUACUGCUAAAAGAGGAGUGUAAACUGGAGUAUUUUUUUCAGCCAUUAUCUUUGCUUUCUUUUGGGUGGAUGCUCUCCACUGGAGUACCGCUGGGUACUGCAUCUCUUUGCAUUCCUUUUUCAGUCAGUGCUUGAACAUUUUUUUAAAGAUGAAUUGGAAUACUCCUGGACAGUAGUACAUGGAGUUAGCUGUAACUUCUUGCAGUAUUAGCUAUAGCAGUCCAUUAGGAGUAGUUUUGCAUUAGUAGCAUUAGGAGUAACUUCUUGCAGAAACUCAUUUGACACAUAUUGUCAUGCAUCAGUAGCAUGUUUGCUUGUCUUGCCUUAUUCUAUGGCUUGGUGUGGGCGGGUGCAGACACGGAGGGGUUCUACACGGAGGUUCAGGAGAAGAUCUCGCUAGGUACGACAACGUGUUCAACUGGUCCCUCAAGGCCAAUAUGAUGGGUGAAAAGGCCACCGAGUUGGCGCACAACUUCAUCGACGAGUGCGGCCUCGCUAGCCUGCUCACCCCGGAGCAGUUACUCGAGGAGCGCGAGGGCAUGCUGCAGGAGCUCUUCCCCUCCUGCGCCGUCUUGCCUGAUGAUUGCCUUCAUUCAUGUUUCGAUGUGAGCUCUAGGUCGAAGUUGGAAGAAGACAUGCAGGAUCUAGGCAUGCAUGCAUGCUCUCUUAUCCCUGCUUAUGCUCCUUAGGAGAUGUGAAUUUCUGGGACUUUUGAUGUACUCCCAGCAUUUAUCUUUUCUCUUAUCUGUGGUCUGGUGUCAUAUUAUGGUCUAAUAUUUUUUGUUUUGACUCUUUUUUUGGUGCGAGGAAAGCUGUGAGUAGACGUCAAAGAUUCCUACUUGCUUGGCUGCUACAGUGAUGCAUGCGCCGGUCAAGCAAGUACAAGCAUAUACGUACAUCUUAGGAUAGUAGCAGAUAUUCCCUCUGUUCCUGCUGUAUUCCUGUGUAAAUGUAUUUCUAAGAUGAUUUUGUUGUGUUAUGUAAACCUAGGAGAUGUGUUAUGUGAUGUGAUAUGAUGGAUGAUUUGAAUUCGACAUGGAGUUUU